AUGGAAGCCCCUCAUAAUGACGAAGCCACCCACACCGCCACCCAAUCCAUGUCUAAAAACGCCCAGAAGCGGCUGCUCAAGCAACAGCGGUUCAAGGCGAAAAAGGCGGAGAAAAAGGCUCAGAUGAAGGAGCACAAGAAGAGGGAGGUGGAGCGGAAGCGUAAGGAGUGGGAGGCGAGACUGGCGACCGUUGGGGAGGAGGAGAGAGAGAAGCUGAUUGAGGAGAUGAGAGUGCUGAAGAAAGAGCGCGUGGAGAAGCAGACGGAGGAGAAAGGGAAGAAGAUGGAGAGGCUGCAGGGAGCGAGGACCAAUGGCCAGAACCUCGUUAUUGAUCUCGAAUUCGCCCAUCUCAUGAGCACCAGUGAACUGCAUAGCCUCGUUCAGCAGAUUAUGUACUGCUAUGCGGUAAAUGGAAGAUGUGCUGUGCCAGCCCACAUUUGGCUGACAGGUUGCCAGGGAGAGAUGCAAAAUCAGCUUCUACGGAUCCCUGGAUAUGAUAAGUGGUUAAUUGAAAAGGAGGAACAAUCCUAUGUGGAGGCUUUCAAAGAUCAGAAGGAAAACUUGGUGUAUCUAACAGCCGAUGCCGAAAAUGCCCUUGAUGAGCUUGAUCCAAAAGCGAUAUACAUUAUCGGUGGGUUGGUGGAUAGGAACCGUUGGAAAGGCAUUACCAUGAAGAAAGCAAUAGAACAAGGGAUAAGAACUGCCAAACUGCCAAUUGGAGCUUAUCUGAAGAUGUCUAGUUCUCAGGUCCUUACAGUGAAUCAAGUUGUGGAGAUACUGCUUAAGUUCUUGGAAACAAGAGACUGGAAGAACUCGUUUUUUCAGGUUAUUCCUCUGAGGAAAAGAUGUGAAGAUGGCCUCGCACGCAAUGACGAGUUGGAAAGUAGAGGUGCUGAUAAAGAGGAUGCUGCAUGCCAAAUAGAAGAAGCUGAAGCAGAUGUCGAGGAUGAUGGUCAAGAGGUAUCAAGACUGGAUAAUGGAAACAGUUUAAGUAUAGAGGACCAGAAGAUGAAAAGGCAGUGCAUUGAAACAUAA